CGCACCGCACCACACCGCUCUGCGCUCGAGCCGCACCCGCGCCGCGUGUAUCCUUUUCUCUUCGCCAGUGCCAUGCGCCGGCGUGACGCGCGGCCCUCGCCUUUACCCUCGACGUGCGUUGCUGCUGCUGCUACGGCGUGCGCGUGCUGCUUCGUGCCCAGUGCUUGAAGUGCGGAAGCCUCUUGCCCGCCGGCUCGAUUCGUGCACAGCGGCUUUUGUCUAACGCUCAGCGCUCGUGAGGUUUCGUUGCCCCUUGGAGCGGAGUUCCACUUUUCAGAGCGCGAGCUGCAGGAUUUGGCGUCUGAUCGUGGCCCGUUCCGGGUCGAUAUGCUGUGAUUAGCCGCGCCAUAUUAACGAGGCCAUUGUAAAUAACGAUACGGUGUUCGUUAUCAUCGCGAGAGAUUAACUCGUCGGCCGGCUGCUGUCCUCCGUUGCCCCCUGUGUCGGCAAAUCUGGUGUGCGACUUCUGUAUUAGUGUUGGUGGUAGUGGAGUAAUAUAGUGCGUGUGUAGUGCGUGGUUCGCUAUUGCGUUGUUUGGAGACAAUUCUUCUUUAUCUUCCGAUUUCGAAGCAGGAGAGGCGAGUGAUCCGAUUAGCAUCGUGGAGGCGACUGCCAUGAAAAUCGUCAUGGACGAUUUUCAGGAUUACGACGACUAUUCAGAAGCGGAGUGCCGCUUUCGUCGCUCUGGCAGGCAGGCAAGCGGGAGGGCGGGCGAAAGUAAUAUCUUGAGUUACCUCUGGGACUGGGGCAGGCCCCCCAAGGCUGCGACUGGUCGUGCACCUGAACGCGGUGGGGCGCGGCGCGGCGCGGCGCGGCCCAGCGUGUCGAGGCGGCGCGGCGCGGACCAGGCGGGGCCAGCCCCGGCGAGGCCUACGGCGGGGAACGGGGCAGAAAUCUUGUCGCGAACAUGGCUGGUAGCAACGAGGUCCGACGGAAGCCAGUUGUCUGCGAUGCGAAGCGGCGCGGCGCGGCGCGGCGCGGCGCGGCGCGGUCGCGGGAGUGACGCGCGCAGCGGACGUUCCCAGCUGGGCUGUUCCCGAUUCCCGACGCCCGGCGCUCUCCGCUCGUCCUCCUUCUGCGCCCGCGCCGCCUGUGCGAAAGGUCGCGGCGCGCGCUUCGCAGCGCUGCACCCCGCCCGCCGUGUUCCCCUCGUGCGGAGACCGCCCCCCACGUGCGCGCGGCCUGUAUUUUUACUCGUGCGUUCGCCCCCGCGGCCGCUGCGUUAUAAAUACUCCGCUUCCGGCGGACUCGGCGGCGGCGGCGGCGGCGGAACGCGCUGCGGCGCGGGGCUGGCUGGUGGCGCCGGAGAAGAGGCCGGUGAGUUCCUGCUUCUCUCUAUCAUGUUGUUUGUAACUGACGUUGGUGGGAGCGCGGAUGAAACGUGCAUCGUCUGUGGUGGCGUCGGCGGCGCUACGUUUGUGUUCCGCCGGAUGCCUCCCGGCACGGCGCUAAGCCACGCCACGCCGUGCCCCAAGGCCCCGCGUUUAUCGCGCGCGCCGACCCGCGCGGUGCCCUCGGAGACCGUCGGGCCCUCCGCCUGCUCGCGGCGUUCUUCCGCCGCGCCGCGCCGCGCCGCGCCGCGCCGCGCUCUUUUUUGUGGGCGAUGGGCCCGGCGGACGCUCGCGUCCAUUGUGCUCCCCUGUGCGGCCAGGAAGCACCGUUUUGUUCUGGCGGCGUUGGCGCUCCGCCCGGAGACACCAGUCGCCGAUAAAAACGAAAGGGACGUUGCACGCCGUCGCGAAGGCGGCGGCGGCGGCGGCGGCGUCGCGCACGCGCUGCGCUUCCUCGCCUGGGGUUCGAAGCCCUCCCGUGGCCGCGCCCCGCUCCGGCUCCCGCGCGGCUCCGCCCACCCGCGCCUUCCAAUCGGCAUUGCCCCUCCCCGAGCACGGCUGCCGCUGCGGGGUUGGGUCGGAGCGUGGGGGCGAAUGGGAAUGGCGAGGUCGCGUGACGCGCCGGCGCAGAAGGCUCUUCGCGUGCGCAGGGCUCGGCACGCGGUGGCGCCCGCAGCAGCGUGGGGCGGGCCGGCAUUUCCUGUCAGCUUAUCUCGUUGUGUUUUUUUUUAUUAUUAUGUUUUUUUACCAUUAUUCAACUUUCUGAGCUUCUAUUUUGUGUACAUGCCCCGAAGUGCAGAAGUGCAUCCGCCUUGGCGAAAGGUAAUGAGGUUACGACCCUCCGAGUGUUUGGUUGGCUGUGCGACUCCUCCUGCUCCCCCCCCCCUGCCUCGCGGGGCAACGUGCAGUCGGCAUCCGGCGGCCCCUGACCUGCGCCGCGCGCGCGCUUCCUCCCGCGCCCCGCCCCCCGCGCCGCCCACUCCAAUGUCCUGCGCUUCCGGCCCUGUGCGCCGCGCGCAGCGCCGUGCCGCCCCGAGCCGCCUGCGGAAUGUUCCACGGCGAGAGGGAAAGAGGAAGCGCGCGCCACCGCCUCGCCUCGCCACGCCUCGCCACGCCUCCCAGGACGCCAAGGGCCCGCCGUCAUCGCUCUGCGCUCUUGAAACCCAAGUGCUGGCCGGGAAAGGGGGCGGGCCCUAUCCACUCACCCAGGUGGAGUGGAGACCCCAGCUGCGCUCUUGGCGCCUCACCGCGGUGGCCGCGAUCUCCACCGACCAGGAGCGCGUGCAGCCCAAGCGGCCCGCCUCCCGGCCGGGCGGCCAGGACGCCGCGCUGGGCAUUUCGCGGAAGCCCGCUGAGGAAUGCGAAUUUCCCAGGGGGGCGCCGGAGCCACUGCUCAACUAUUUAUGGCUGCGCCGCGCACCCCGCUUCGCCUCGCCGCUGGAAUCCGCCUCACGCAGGCUUUCUAGCCAUGAAUGGGUUGCCUCGUAA